CUGGUUAGUCUCGCUUUAUGCAACGGGCCUACAGGACAGCCACUGUUAUCAAACUGCAUGGGUCCUGCGGAUCACGUGUGAACCGAUGAGGGGAAGCUGCUGACAGCAUCACUUUUCAAUGGGAGCACACUGAAAGGCCUCCUGUGUGGUAUCUCAGACAUUCCCCAUCAUGCAGUUGGAGGCUAAGCUGCGUCUAUGCCAGAGUUGUCUUUGGUACUACAAGAGCGGACUGCGUCUGCUCUCCCAGAGCUAUGCACACAGAAAAGCUGUGAACUACUACGAUAUCCUCGAAGUGAAAUCAGAUGCCUCCUUGGAGGAAAUAAAAAAUGCAUUUUUCGACAAAUCUAAAAAGCUGCACCCAGACAGCGACCCCUCCAACCCGAUGCUGCACGGCCAGUUUGUGGAGCUGAACGAAGCCUACCGAGUGCUGAGCAAAGGGCCGAGCAGGAAGGAUUACGAUUUAAAAAUCAGACAACCGUACAGUGGGGGACAUGCAUUCAGAUCCAGCGCCAGUUACACCAGCUACAAAGCCAGUGCGGAUUACCAGGAUAACUCUCGUUACUGGGAGCAGUUUCGUAAGGCUAAUGCACAGGAGAUGACGGAAGAGGAAUGGCAGGAGAAGAAGAGGAGCAGGAACUUCCGCCUGGUGGGAUACUGCAUCCUCACUAUAAUGUUCGGCAUCGGAUCCCACGUGAUCUUCUUCAGGAAACUGGAAGAAGUUCACAAUACUUUCAUGGACGAGAAAGAUCGAGUCAUCACCGACAUUUACAAUGUAUCCAAAGAGAAGGCCAGGGUCAACGGUUUUAAGAAACAGUCUGAAAUCCUGCGACAGAAACAUGCUGAGUUUCUGGAGAAAUACAAAAUCAGUAAAGAUGGAGAGGACAAGUAAGACAGUCUCCAGUUGUGUUGGGUUGAUCAUGAUGGGGCACAAACUGCCAGCAGGUGGGAGACAGCGGCAGACUGGAUGUGGUACUUCUUUUAGGAUGUUUAAAAAUAGUUUUCUCUUUAUUUGUCCUCAGUUGUAAUGCUGAGGGCUUGAAGAGACAAAGAUCAUGGGGUGUGAUGUGAGAGAGUUUAAUCUGGUCAUUCAGGUGUUUUUUUUAAUGCCAAGGCUGAGCUGCACAUCAGACUGGACCGGCCUUUUGAACAUCUUGUACCUCGGUCGGUGAACAGGAGUCAGUCUGUACACAAACCUCUCUCAUGUUUGUCCAAAGGAACCCUAAUGUACACUGAAUGAACUCACAGGAACAUGGUAUUUAUUAUCCUUCCCAGGCUUUUUGGUGUGUAAGUGGGGCUCACAGAUAACAGUGAAUUAUAUCACAUAAGAGCGGUUGUGUUUAUGAAGUGAAGAUUUAACAGACCAUAACCAAGUCUUUACUGGAAAUGCAACUAGCCUAUUUGCUGAAAGAGUGUCACAUGGAUUGAAAUCGAUUGAUGGGACAGUUCAGGAGAAUGAAGAAUGAUGCGUUCAAAGUCAAACAAUUAUGGUUUGUCAAGGAACGUGGUCUAAAUAUGCCAAAUGCCAAAGGAGUCAAACUCCUUAUUUUUCUCUUGCCCGACCCUGUAUGUUACUGCAGAAAUGCAACACCGUGCAUUAUAAAUGGAUCCUCCAUUUGUUAGACAAAAUGGAUCGAUAUUAUGACUUGAAAACAGUGAGAACAAGUCUUUUAAAUUAGUUCUAACUAUUGUAAUAAUGAGAAAUGUCCUCUUUUAAAGGGAAAGCAAUUCACAGGAUAUUUUGACUUUUGACACUUUUCCUUUCAGUUUUAAAUAUUAGAGAUUGUUGUUCUGUUUUUGUCUGCCUUGUAUAUUCCUGAAGGGAUGUCCGAGGGAAAUUAUUAAAAGAUUGACUUUUUCUCAUCAA